AUGUCUGAAGAAACGGAUCGGUUACUAUCGGAGUUCAAAACAAUAACAGGACUAGAUGAUGAAAAUGACGACAAAAUCAAACGUUUAUUGACGAUUAAUGACAACAAUUUGAACAAUGCAGUAUCUGGAUACUUCGAACAUGGGUUCACAUCUGUAGAGUCAAGUGGUGUUGAAGUGCAUGAAGAGGCAUCUGAAGUAAGGCAGAGGAAUGUCUCAAGAAAUGGGUCAAGACAUGAUUCUGUAGUUAACUUGCAAAAUCAGUUGUUUCUAGACAACUUUUUACCAAAGUUACCUAUGGCCCCCAGAAUCUCAAAUCACUGGCAAUUGGAGAUAGGUCUCCAUUCAUCAUUGAAGGAACAAGAACAAGAACAGAAGCGAAAAAAUAUCAGCACUCUGCAGCAGCAACUUCCCUUUCCAGUUCAUUCGAUCUGGCUCAUUCUUAUGAUCAUUCCAAAGUCUUUAUUUCAAAUGCUAGUAUCUAUAUUUAGAUAUUUGGUGGGGACUUCUCCAGAAAAGAGUAAAAAUAAGUUCCCUAAAGCAUUCAACUAUGAUGAAUACGACCCACGCUACAAAUUAUUAGAGGACAGCGUCUCUGAUGACGAGACCUUGGUUGCUCUGUUAUCUUCAGCCAAUAAUAAUUAUAAUUUAAGAGAAUCUAACUUUAAUGAAAUUCAUACAAGUACGCAAAAGAGUUAUACAUGGUUGUUAAUCAUUUUAGUCAACGACGAAACGACUGAUUUUAUUUCGAAUAUCUUGGAUGAUCCAAAUUUUAAUAUGCGUUUUAACAAGGAAAGUGGAUUGUUCAAGGAAAACAAUAUUUAUGUGUCAAACGUAGAAAGGUCCCCGGAAGCCUUUGAAGUCGGGAAAGCUUAUCAGGUGAAAACUCUCCCAUUUAUUUCACUAAUAGGAAAUGUGUCCAACAACCCUUCGGUUAUGUCGUCCAUGUCGAUGGUUUAUAAGUCGAAUUUAUCACCUCAAUUCUUGACAGCCGAGAAGAAAAACAGCACGAUAAAAAAGAUUGUUCGAAAUCUCAAUAAACUUUUAGAGUCUUUCAAUCCACAGCUUAUCACACAGAGAAUUGAUCUACAAGAGAUUGAAUUUGCAAGGCUUGUCAAACAGCAGCAAGAUGAUGCUUAUGUCCAAUCUUUAGAAAAGGACAGAUUGAAAAAACUUGAGAAAGAGAGAAAUCUCAAAUUCCAGCAAGAGCUCAUAUCAGCCAAGAAGCAAAGAGAAGAUUAUCUUGCCUCUCUCGCGCUGAGUAAUUGGCUUGAAGAAUUAAGAAAGGAGCCAAGUACCAGAAUUUCAUUCAAAAUGCCUGAUGGGAGAAGAAUUAUUGAGACCAUAUCGAAAGCUGCCCAGAUAAACGACUUGUAUUUGUACAUCGAACUUCAACUUCUCGAAUCCGCAGGAGAUGAACCGGAUAUACAAGACACAGUCUCAGCUUCUGCCGAUAACCUGCAAACAGUUUUAUCGAGAGCCGAGUUUUUAUCGAAAUUUCCCUUUAGAUUCGAGCUAAUCCAGCCGUAUCCCAAAAAGGUCAUAACCCCUACUGAAAUAUCGAUAAAUGAUGCGACUGAACUUAAGUCAGGAGCCAAUUUACUAGUAGAGUAUCUCACGGAAGAUGAGGAAGACGAGGAUGAUGAAGUAGAUGUAUGA